AUGAGCCACCCGGUUAACAACACUCGAGGCCCCCUGCUCGUGAUCGUUGAGUUUGCGGCCAAGGGGAAUCUGCGCGACUUCCUGCGUGCACACCGCACGCCCCGCAGAGUGAAGGGCGAAACGCUCUCCAUGCUGCAGCUGGUGGCCUUCGCCUGCCAGGUGGCACGCGGCAUGGAGUACCUCACCUCUAAGAAGUGCGUUCACCGGGACCUGGCGGCCAGGAACGUCCUCGUCGUUGACGGCGGAGUUGGUGGCGGCUAUUCGGUGAAAAUCGCUGAUCUGGGCCUCACCCGCGACGUGGGCGGCGAACGUGACUACUACUACCAGCACAAGACUGCUGCCGGACGCCUGCCGGUGAAGUGGAUGGCACCGGAGGCGUUGCUGCACCGCGUCUACACACAGCGGAGCGACGUGUGGUCCUACGGGGUGCUGCUGUGGGAGAUCUUCACCCUGGGGGGCUCUCCGUACCCGGGCGUCCCCGUGGAAAAGCUUUUCAAGCUGCUCGGUGACGGCUACCGCAUGGAGCGGCCUGCCCUCUGCUCCGACGAGCUACACGCGACGAUGAGCGAGUGCUGGGCGACCGUCCCCAGCGACAGACCGACGUUCGCGCGGCUGGCGGACGACUUGGGGCGGAUCCUCGUGGCCAACGGGGGCCGCCGUGACGAGGACUACGUGGACAUGACGGCCGGACUGAUGUAG